CCUAUCUUCCUCGCUCUAAAUCAAUCCCUCACAAACCCUAACCCUUCACGUCUGUUUGAUUUUUAAUCUUUUGGGAGUUUCCAAUUAUAUUUUCUUGGCGCGCGUGGAGGCAAAAUCCCUGCAACGCGUGUCAGUCACGCUCCACUUGAUUCAUGUUAAAUGCUCACCGGAGAUCUACCGGAAUCGUACCGGACUCAUGGCGUCAGCUGUCUUAGCGAACCGGAACGAACCCAGUUGGACCCAGCCACAGCCACAGCAACGCGGUGGUGGAGCUAAAUUCAUGGGCAAGAUCCCUUUCUCUAACCCUAACCCUAAAUUCUCCAAAAAACGCCAAUUUCAACCACCACAACAACCGCAAAUCCUCGACGUCGAUGAGUCUCCGUCAGCCGCAUCAGAUGACGCGUCGUCGAUAAACCGCCGUCCACAGAACAAUCACCAAGAUUUCAACACCGGAGGAGUCGUGACGUUCAAUGUUGGCUCGUAUUCAAAAAAAGAAUUAAUCGAGCUAAAAAAUCGAUUGGUUCAUGAGCUUGAAAAGAUCCGAGAGUUGAAAAAUAGAAUCGAAUCCUCCGAUUCCCAGAUCCGGCAAUCCUCCAAUUUCAGCUACAAAAAACAAACCUCUACAAACAAGAAAGUAUCAGGCAACAAGCGGCCGUUUCCGGCUCCUUCAAAUUUUAACAAUUUGAAGCGAUCGAAUCCAGAGAAUGCGCAAUUGAUGAAGAAUUGCAGUCAAAUUUUGUCAAAAUUGAUGAAGCACAAAUUAGGGUAUAUUUUUAAUUCUCCAGUUGAUGUUGUUGGUAUGCAAUUACAUGAUUAUCAUGAUAUAAUCAAGAGCCCAAUGGAUUUGGGUACGGUAAAGUCAAAAUUGACCAAGAAUUUUUAUGAAUCGCCAAGGGAUUUCGCUGCUGAUGUUAGAUUGACUUUUAAUAAUGCUAUGAAGUAUAACCCUAAGGGUCAUGAGGUUUAUAUGCUCGCUGAGCAGUUUUUAACUAGAUUUGAGGAUUUCUAUCGGCCGAUUAAGGAGAAGGUGGGUGAGGAUUUUGAUGAGGAGGAGAAUGAUCAGGUUCAAGAAGUGCAAGCGAGUUCGUGGGAUCAUAUUAGAGGAGAGCCAGAAAGGGUUAAUCAAAUUGAUGAUGACUUUAUGCAAGUUACAGCGAAAUCUGAUCCAAUUGGGCACCAGAUGCAUCAGCAACCACUACAGCAGCCAACCGGGUUGAAUCAAAACCCUAAUUUGGUGAGGACGCCUUCGCCAAUGAGAAUGCCCCAAGUGAAGCCAGUGAAGCAACCAAAACCGAAAGCAAAGGAUCCAAAUAAAAGAGAGAUGAGCCUCGAAGAGAAGCAUAAGCUGGGAGUGGGGUUGCAGAGUUUGCCACAAGAGAAAAUGGAGCAAGUUGUGCAGAUUAUUAGGAAGAGGAAUGGGCAUUUGAGGCAAGAGGGUGAUGAGAUUGAGCUUGAUAUUGAGGCUGUUGAUACAGAGACGUUAUGGGAGUUGGAUCGGUUUGUGACUAAUUACAAGAAGAUGGUUAGCAAGAUAAAGCGGCAAGCUUUGAUGGGUAUAAACAACAAUGUGGGUGCUAUUUCUACCAGCGAAGGCAAUAAUAAGGAUGUUCCUGGGAAUGAUAGAAUGGAAGUGGUAAAUGAGGCGAAGAAGCCAAAGAAAGGGGAUGUCGGGGAUGAAGAUGUGGACAUUGGUGACGAGAUGCCAAUGAGUAGUUUUCCACCAGUGGAGAUUGAGAAGGAUAAUGGCCAUGCAAGUAGCAGUUCUAGUAGCUCCAGCAGUUCAAGUGAUGAUUCUUCAUCUUCAAGUGAUUCUGAUUCAGGGAGUUCUUCAGGGAGUGAUUCAGAGGAUGCGCAUUCAUGAUGAGCUCUUUUUUUCCGAGUUGAAUGAAUGCUGGAUUGCUUUAAAGCUUUUCAGGAGAGGGUCUUUGAGGUUCUUUGGGAUUGGGUCAUGGAUGAGGGAAGGGUCUGCAAUUGUGUUGCGGUGGUGGGCUGCUGCCUGGGAAGUGGCUUUGCAUUGACCGGGGGCCGAAAGCGCUAGCUUUUGUGUAAAAAGAUGAAGAAAAUAGUAGAGAGAGAGAUGAAGGUGUAGGUUAGGAGGGUAAGAAAGUGGUGACAAGGUAGAGCAUAGACUGUUAGAUUCUUAAGAGAGAUAGUUGAAUCACUUGUACACGUUACAACACUUAAUACAUGAUUUUCAGCAUCAGCGAA